UGACAAUCAUAAUCCUCACCACCAAACACGGCGAGUAGCAAGGGCAGGCUCCCAUUCGGCUCACAUACACUCGUCAGCGAGCCGUCUUCUCAUCACUGCGCGCCUUCUCCGGCUAUCUCGUCACCAUGGUCAACAAGAUCCUUUUCUGGUCUGGCUUCGGCCUCGCCGUCAGAUUCUGGCAGCUCGGCAUCGAGAUGAGACCCUUCUUCCAACGUGAAAACUGGAUUAUAUACCCCAUCUACGGCACUCUCGGCGCAUCAUUUGGCUACUGGUUACAAGGAGUGGAGAACAACCAGAUGCGAUACCUAGGCGAUGCGAGACAGAGGCUCAUUGAGAAGCGACGGAGGAGACAAGAGCGUGAGGCUUUGAACGAGGGCAGCAACUGGCAGAAGAACCAGGAGGGUGCUGUGGCAUCGGAGGCCGGUGCGCACGCGUAAAGCGCUGCUAUGAAGGCGCAUGAUCGCGCAGAGCGACGGAACGGCCAUGCGGAGGAUGCCAUGCAUGUGCGGGAUCGUUGCUGACGCUAUAAAGUGCGAAAGGCAUAUCACGCAUAUCUAGUGCAGAUGUAUGCGGAGAGCUGUUUAUGAGCUAUGCUGCACUUCUGUACGUACUAGAUGCUCACGCGGAUCUCAUGACAUGAUCAAAAUUCCACAGAUCAGAAUGAGGGACACGUCGCAUAGACGUUUUUGAUGUAUAGAACAAUUUCACGAGCGCGGUAUGGACCGAAUAACAAGCAAGACGCCAUUUCCGAGAG